CCUUGACUUUUUCUGGCAAGGUCUUUAUCCUCAGGAUGCAGGAAUACUCCCUCUUCCUCUGUGAAGUGCCAAGUCACAGACCCAGCUGUAAGCAGCAUUUCAGUCAGCCCAGGGUACAGAAGCCACUUCAGACAUGCUAAGGAGCGCCCUGUUGUGCAUGGUGCUUGCACUCCUGCGCGCCCAGUCCUUCCCCUGCCCUAAAUCCUGCAAGUGUGAGGUCCGCGAUGCGGUUCAGUGCUCGGGCGGCAGCGUGGCUAGCAUCGCCGCGCUGGGUCUGCCCAGGAACCUCACACACAUAGUACUCUUCCGAAUGGAUCAGGGCGUUUUGCAGAACCACAGCUUCAGUGACAUGACAGUCCUGCAGCGACUGAUGCUCUCAAAUAGCCACGUUUCUGCCAUCGACCCCGGCACCUUCAAUGACCUGAUAAAACUAAAAACCCUCAGGUUGACACGCAACAGAAUCUCUCAUCUUCCAAGCGCGCUCCUCGAUAAGACGGUGCUCUUGGAACAGUUGUUCUUAGACCACAAUUCACUAAGGGACAUUGACCAAAACCUGUUUAUGAACCUGCUUAGCCUGCAGGAGCUCUCUUUGAACCAGAAUCAGCUCUCUUUUCUUCCUGCUAACCUUUUCACGAGCCUGCGGAAACUGAAGGUGUUGGAUUUAUCAGGAAACAACCUGACCCACCUACCCAAGGGAUUGCUUGAGGCACAGGUUAAACUUGAGACACUGCUGCUCUACUCAAAUCAGCUCGCGUCUGUAGAUUCGGGGCUUCUGGAUAACCUGGGCGCCCUGACUGUGCUGAGACUGGACCGGAAUCACCUCUAUUCUGUCGCACCCGGUGCCUUCGACGGCCUCGGAAACCUGAAUUCUUUGACUCUGUCCAGAAACCGCCUGGUUUCUCUGCCAUACGCGCUCUUCCUUCGUACGAGCCGCGUGACUUGGCUGACCCUGUUCGAGAACCCUCUGGAGGAGCUGCCGGAGGUGCUGUUCGGCGAGAUGGCCGGUCUGCGGGAGCUGUGGCUGAACCGCACCCAGCUGCGCACGCUGCCCGCCGCCUUCUUCCGCAACCUGAGCGGCCUGCAGACCCUGGGGGUGACGCGGAACCCGCGCCUGAGCGCGCUCCCGCGCGGCGCGUUCCAGGGUCUGACUGAGCUGCGCGUGCUCGCCCUGCACUCCAACGCCCUGACCGAGCUCCCGGACGACGCGCUGCGCGACCUCGGCCGCCUGCGCCAGGUGUCGCUGCGCCACAACCGGCUGCGGGCCCUGCCCCGCGCGCUCUUCCUCAACCUCAGCAGCCUCGAGACCGUGCAGCUGGAGCACAACCAGCUGGAGACGCUGCCUGGAGAUGUGUUCGCGGCCUUGCCCCAGCUGACUCAAGUGCUGCUGGGUCACAAUCCCUGGCUCUGCGACUGUGGUCUGUGGCCUUUCCUCCAGUGGCUGCAGCAUCAUCAAGACCUCCUGAGCCGAGACGAGUCCCCGCAGUGCCAUGGCCCGGAGUCACGGGCGGGCCUGUUGUUCUGGGAUCUGCUGCAGGGUGACCCAUGGUGCCCGCACCCUCGACGCCUGCCCCUCAACCCUCUAGCCGAGAACACCCUGGAAGUCCCCGCCCCAUCCCAGCUGCCUCACAGCUCGCAGUCCCGCGCGUGGGCCCAACUGGUGGCCAAGAGUGAAGGUUCCAAUCACAGCCUCUACUGGGGUCUUUAUUUUCUGCUUUUAGUAGCUCAGGCCAUCAUAGCCGGGAUCAUCGUGUUUGUCAUGAUUAAAAUCGGCCAGCUGUUUCGAACAUUAAUCAGAGAGAAGCUCUUGUUUAAGGCAAUGGAAAAAUCAUGUAGCUAAUUAAAACGUGACCAGAGCAGUGUGGACGGGGCCCCAGGGAGAAUCCAGUCAGGAUGCUGCGCCCUUCCGCCUUUUCCCAUGCCAUUUUUUCUCUCCCCUGCUCUUUUUUCCUUCCUCUUUCUCGGCUCUCAGUGUUUGUUCCUUCUGUUCCUCUCCCCUAAGAAGUGUCUUUUGUAAAUCGCUACUGCUUGCUAACCUGUCCUCAGUUUCCUUCUCUGUCGUUAGCAUCAAGGUAUGUGGGGGGGGUGGGGGGGGUAGGAAACUUGGCUUGUGUUUUACUCAUCUCAUCCCACCCUGCGGUGCUUUCUUAGUUUCUGAGUUUGAGGACACUCCUAGGUGGGCAAGACCUCUCCUGCACCCAGCAAGGGUUGGGUAACAUUUGCUGAAGGAACACCCGUAUAAAAUGAACCCUAGAUCCCAGAAUUAAUUACUCUUCCCAGGAGAAAGCUGGAGUCUUCUUGCCUCUUUCUACUUGAAAGAAGAUUCAUGUCCGUUCUUUUUUUGUUCUCAUUUUGGGUUCGUUGUGAUGACUGUUUGGGAAGGCGCUGGACUCUGAUCCAGUGGCGAGUUUUAGGGUAAGCCUCUUCGGGCUGAGCUAGAACACACAGGAGCUCCCAUCCCUGCCCCCAGGGACAAGGGCCACUUCCUGGCACCCACUGGAAUGGCUUUUGCCACUGAUAUAGAGUUGGGAGCUCCCGUGUGUCCUGGCUCAGUCCAUCACAGACGAGGCUUGCUCAGAAACAGGGCUCCACAGGAGCCACAGCCUGGCUGAGGGGUUCCGGAACUCAUCUGGAGAAGCCCUGUGCCAGGAAGCUUGGGGAGCUGUUCCGUGUGUCCCAUUGGCCUCCUGGGAGUUUCCAUUGCUUUGCCCCAGGGAAAUGUGUCAUUUGGUUCCCAUUUCCUAGAGGUAAAUGCCACCUCAUUUCACAAGCAUUUGUGGAGCUGUGCCCGUGUGAUAGGUGCUCAUGAACAUAAUGAUAGCUUGGUCUCCACGGACUGUGCUUGUAGCACAUUCUCAUUUAGCCUUCCAAUGGAGAGCAAUUAAACCCUUGUUGCCUUAAUUGGCUGUCUGUGCUUGGGAGAGGCAGUGGUUAAACGCAUGCACUGGGAACUGACAACUGUGGCUUCUGUCUCGGUGUCCCCAUGUACUAACCCCUGAGGACUUUGUACACACAUCCUGUAAGCCUGGGUUUCCUCAUCCCUGAAAGGGAUCAAAACAGUGCCAGCCUCACAGGGUUGGUGUGAGACUUAAAGGUAAUAAAACACACAAAGACUUAACCCUGUGCCCUGCAUACAGAAACUGCUCCGGGAAGGAUAGUCACUACUAAAGAGUAUACAGUUACGUUCUCAUCGCACACCCUCUUAUUUCUGAGACACUUUGUCACUGUGCAGCCCGGGCUGCUUCUGAACUUGAGAUCGUGAUUUUUAAAGAAGAUGUUUACCCACUCUGUAUAUAAAAGAGUAAACUUUCUCAAACAGAAGGUUAUGUCCAAACCAGCUAUAUCUGUCUGGAAAUGUGUGCGCUUGGGUUCUGUGCUCAAAGGCCACAGCCGUGGAUCCUCCCAUCGCCAUCGGGGCACGUGGUGGAGACAGAGCUGGAUCCUGACCCCUGUCUACAUGUACUUCUUUAACACCAGCUUCAACUAUCGCCUCCUUGGUGACGCCCUCCCUUUUCCUCACUGUGUGCUUCCUGUACAUGCUGCUUCUCGGGUGCUGGGAACCAACACCCUCAGUUGGUCCUGUGUGUUAUUUUAGGGUAUCUGGAGCCACUUAUAACUUAAAAAUCCAGAAUUUUUUUUUUUUUUGGUGAAAUGCAGACUCAAUUCUAACGACUAUUCUCUGAGGCAGACGUUCUCCCAUGAAGCCGGUUUUGUUCACCUGUAGGAUGAGGGUAACAGCUGUCCCUACUAUGAGGUAAUCCCUGCUAGGUAAAGACAGUGGGUUGGUCUCUGGGGCCCAGUGGCAGCUGUUUGAUGGGCUAGUCUAUACAUGUUCUAACAAUUCUCCCUGCCUCUUCAUGUGUUGUUCAUUGGGCAAAUUGAUUUACUAUUCUAUACCAAGCUCUCUGGUAAGUAGAAAUUCAAAGCCAUGGGUGAAACAAAAUGCCCAUCCACUUCUACGGGGUUCUGCCCUGGGGUCCUACCCGCCAUGAGGUUGUCCCAAACUCCAGGACAUUCAGAACUGAAGUGUGGAGGCCAGCUUCAGACACUUCAGCCAGCUUCAUGACACAUUCAGACUUCUCUCUCUUUGACUGGCCUCGAACUCACAGAGAUCCUCCUGCCUCUGCCUCCCGAGGGCUGGGAUUAAACGUAUGCAUCAGCACUGCCUAGUUUUUGAUUCAAUUUUUAAACACUGUCAAAAACAGCAGGUUAUAUUGGAAGCCCCGUGUAAUCUCUUCCUCAACUUUUCUCUUUAUCAAGCAAUAAAGCUGCUCAAUAAACGUGUUCUCAUCCUUC